AUGGGCCGCUACUCGGGCAAGACGUGCCGGCUGAUCUUCAUGCUGGUGCUCACCGUCGCCUUCUUCGUGGCAGAGCUGGUCUCGGGCUACCUGGGCAACUCCAUCGCGCUGCUCUCCGACUCCUUCAACAUGCUCUCGGACCUGAUCUCGCUGUGCGUGGGGCUGGGCACCGGCUACAUCGCCCGACGCUCCACCCGGGGCUCCCAGGCCACCUACGGCUACGCCCGCGCCGAGGCGGUGGGCGCGCUGAGCAACGCCGUCUUCCUCACGGCGCUCUGCUUCACCAUCUUCGUGGAGGCCAUACUGCGCCUGGCCCGGCCGGAGCGCAUCGAUGACCCGGAGCUGGUGCUCAUCGUGGGCGCCCUGGGGCUGGCGGUCAACGUGGUGGGGCUGCUCAUCUUCCAGGACUGCGCCGCCUGGUUCGCCUGCUGUGGCCGGGGCCGCCGCCGCCGCCGCCGCCAGCAGCAGCCACCGGCCGAGGGCGACGCGCGCGGCGCUUUCGGGGGACCCCAGGGCGCGGAGAGCCGGCGCCAGGCCGCCACCCCGACAGCCCCCGGCGCGACCCUCCGGGUGGCCCCGGCCGAAAGGAAGGAGGAGACGGGGGCGACCGUGUUCUCAAACGUAGCAGGUGAUUCCCUGAACACCCAGACUGAGCCUGAGGAAAUGAUGGAAAAGGAGAAAAAAUCUGAAGCUCUGAAUAUCAGAGGUGUACUUUUGCAUGUGAUGGGAGAUGCCCUAGGCUCCGUGGUUGUGGUGAUCACGGCCAUCAUAUUCUAUGUGCUUCCCCUGAACAGCAACGACCCCUGUAACUGGCAGUGCUACAUUGACCCCAGCCUCACUGUGGUCAUGGUUAUCAUCAUUUUGUCAUCCGCCUUUCCACUCAUCAAGGAGACCGCAUCCAUCUUGCUACAGAUGGUCCCCAAAGGAGUUGACGUGGAAGACCUGAUGAGCAAGCUGUCUAGUGUGCCCGGUAUUAGCAGUGUACAUGAGCUGCACAUCUGGGAACUUAUAAACGGAAAGAUCAUUGCCACCCUGCACAUCAAGUAUCAGAAGGACAGGGGAUAUGAAGAUGCCAGCAUCAAAAUUCGAGAAAUCUUCCACAAUGCGGGAAUCCACAAUGUGACCAUCCAAUUGGAAAAUGUGGACAUGAAGGACUCCCUGGAGCAGAAGGACUUGCUCUUGCUCUGCAGCUCACCCUGCAUCUCCAAGAGCUGCGCCAAGCAGCUGUGCUGUCCCCCCGGGCCACUGCCCCUGGCCUACGUCAAUGGCUGUGCAGAGCACAAUGGCUAUCCGUCUCUAGAUGCGUACCGAAGUGACAGCCUCAGAAGAGACAUGGCGGAAGUGGCUAUUGAUGUAUCUUCGGGCGGCUAUCUGAGUGGCUAUGGAGAAGCUUGUAAAAGCACCCAGGAGGGCCAACAUUAUAUAAACAACACACACUUUUAA